AUGCUUUCGAGCCCUGCGAUCCCUGACCCUCACCAUCGUGAGAGCGUCUGGCGCGCUUUGCGCGAGGCCCUUCAUGACGGCGCCCUGCACAACUGCGAGCCAGGCGUUCGAUGGCUGCAAGACCUCGAUCUUCUUGCCGAGCGCAUUGCGCAGACGGUCCUUGAGGUAGAUGGAGGCCCCAAACCCUCCGACGAGCAUCACCGCACGCAUGGGCACCUUGCUCGAGCUUAUCUGGUCCUUCACGAGCUUGAUCACUUCGAGUAUGAUCGGCUCGAAGAUAUCUUGGAGGUCAGCGGACUGCGAGGGACGGAGGAUUAG